AUGGCUGGUUUAACCAUGGGACUUUUAUCACUUGAUAUGUUAAAUAUGCGGAUCUUGGAAAUGGAAGGAUCCGAUGAUGAAAAACGUCAUGCAAAACAAGUUUUACCCGUUUUAACCCAACAUCAUUUUCUAUUAGUAACACUAUUAAUCGUGAAUGCAAGUGCUAAUGAAGCUCUUCCAAUCUUUUUAAACAAAUUAGUACCAGAAGCUGUUUCGAUUAUCUUAUCAGUCACAUGUGUCUUACUCUUUGGUGAAAUCAUUCCAUCGGCUGUAUUUACAGUCGAGUACUUGAUUAUUGGCUUGGAAAUGAUCAUGAUCCAGCACAAUAUAAACGAAAGGAAAUUAAAGCAUUGGUUACACUUCAGCGUGAAAAUGAUGUUGCUCGACCCAUUAUUAACGCCACGGUCACUCUAUGAAGAUUCUGCUCAUGGCACACGUCUCCAUGUCGAUGAAGUUACAAUUAUUCAUGGAGCACUCGAUUUAGCUUCUAAGACUGUAACGGAGGUUAUGAUUCCUAUGGAUGACGUCUAUAUGCUAGAAUUGGAUGUAGAACUAUCACCAGACAUGUUGGCAAGUGUACUAGCCUCUGGUCAUAGUCGUAUUCCAGUAUAUGAGAAACACAAGUCCAAUAUUGUUGGUCUGCUGCUUGUGAAGAAGCUUAUUGUAUUGGACCCGGAUGAUCGUCGCCCGAUUAGAGACUUGAUACUGCGCAAACCUAUUCUAGUGAGUCCAAAAGAAUCGUGUUACUCUAUUUUGAAUGAGUUUCAGAAGGGUCACUCCCACAUUGCACUAGUCACUCCGGAUGUUGACAUCGUCUUGAGGUGUUGGCGCUUCGAGGAAGAAAUACCGGAGAGUGUUGUGUUUAAGGGCAUUGUGACCAUUGAAGACGUGAUUGAGGAGCUCAUUCAGGAAGAAAUUGAGGAUGAAAGCGACAUCUACGUGCAUGAUAUCGUGGAUUACUGGCAGGCUCGUUAUCGCAAGGUCAUCAAGGGGACUGGAUCGACUUUUGUAAAAAAACGUCUACGCCUACUCGCAGAUCGAGCUCGUCGUCGUGUAAAGAGCCGUCGCUCUAAACAAGCAGCUGAAUCGGCAACCGCCAAGUCCAUUAGAGCUACAGGUCUACCUCAGCUUGAUGCUCCUUUAUCGAUCAAGGUCGUUUCUGAAAAGACUCCGCUUUUGUGA